CUCAACAACGCAUAAUCAGCCCAUCAACUCACUUCAGCCACCUUCCUCCACAACGCAACAGCCUGCUCUAGCUGCGGACAACCCGUAUUUGAUCACAGGGCGGCUUCGACAUGUCGUGGUAUAAACUCUCAGGCGCAGCGGCGCAGGUGGAGUCGACCGAGUCCCCCGAGGCAGCGCGCAAGCAUCUCUCCCAUCAUGUUCCGGAAUCGUUCACCCUCGGAGAGCUCGCGGACGCGGUAAGAGAGCCCCUGGGCAGGGCCUCUGCGACGAAGCCGGCAGUGAGCAGCACCAACAUUGCCGAGGUGCGUGCACAACUCCUGGCCGUCCUCGUCUGCCUGCGCUGCGAAGACCGUGUCCGGCGGUCAUCCGCAGACCAGGACGCUGUCGGAGACCUCGCAAACAGCAUCACCAAGAUCAUCGCUCCCGCCGUCUCUCAGGGGGAAGGCGUAGAUCAAGACGGUGACCUACCCGCAGUCUUCAACGAGACCCUCACCCAGGCCCGCGAACAGCUCGUCCAAUACUGCACGACCUUUUCCUCUCUCGGCAUCCAGUCUCUCGAAGCGCUCAUGAAGCUCGCCAGCCCCGUGCGGCUGGACGACGAGGUCCUGCUCACCCUUGUAGCCUUCGCAGAUCAGACGCGUGACUGGACGACGCCCGAGGCCAAGGCCGCAGCAACGAGGCUUCUCGAGCAGCAGUUCAGGGAUGCGAUGCCCACGAAGGAGCACUUCAUCACCGAGGUUGUCCUGCAGAGCUACCUCCGCCCGCUCUUCUCCAGGGCCAAACCGGCAUCCAUCACGGCGUCCGGUCGGAAGGCAGAGUACGCGGACAGCUCGGCGGCUCGCGGCGAGAACAUCCCGGACGACUCGGCCUUGACCAAGCCGUGGAAGUACACCGACCUCCGAGCCAUCCCGGCCGUAGCGUGGGCAGUCCAUGAAGCAGACACCCAACUGAUUGCCCAGCACUGGCCUCUCUUCAUCCCCGUCCUCCUCGCCCUAGCCGACGACUCAACCACGCCGAUCCGCCGGCAGGGCUUGCUCACCCUGACCGACUUCCUGUCCAAGUUCCCAGACAGGACGCUGCACGACACGGGCCUAGCCAAGGUCUUCGAAGACGCCGUCUUCCCGACCCUCGCCUUCCUCCCCAGCCUGACGCCCGAGGCCGAGUCGGUCGAGCUGCUCGAGCCCGCCUACGGCGCGCUGCUCAGCCUCGCGAACAAGCAGCCCCGCGCUGGCAAGGACGGCAUCCCCGGCGGGCCGAAGAACGGCCUGCUGGACAGAAUGCUCCGCGACGGCGUGUUCAUGGCGUAUUUCCACGCCAAGGCGCACGUCCGCCUCGUCGAAGUGCUCUGCCAGCAGACGGAGGCGAUCGUGAACGAGAUGGGCAUCCACGCCGUGAAGCAUCUCAAGGACCUGAUCCCAAUGCUCUCCGCCAUCAUGACCGACCCGUUCGCGCCCGUCGCUCCGGGGACGCUUCUGGCCGCCGUCGGCGCGCUCCAAGCGGUCCUCGCCAACUGCUGGCCGCGGAUCCCGGCCUCGCCCUGGCAGGACGAGAUCAUCAACGCGCUCGCCCUCUGCUGGCUGCACGUGGCCGAGCACGACAGGCGUGCGGCGGGCACAGAAGCAACCUACGCCGCCAUCGAGCGGCAGCUGGCGACCUCGGCCCAGGCGCUCGCAGCCGUGCUCAAGACGGCCGAGCAGGGGCCGAUCAAUCUGUCGUCACAUGUCGCGCCGCUGCUGGCGAAGGAGCCCCGCCUGGCCCAGCUGUUCCCAUCCAGCUGAACCUUCCCCAGUUUCUCUUUUUCUCGACGCCGGGUUAUUCCCCCCGGCCCCCCGGUCGCAGCCGACUCACCGCCCCGC